UUGACCCCUGAUCCGAGAAUGUCCUCGAAGCUAUUUAAUGUCUUGACUUUUGCCUCUAUAUGAUGUUUAUACCUGGGCUUUUACGGAAAUUGAUCGGCAGCGGUCUCAGGUAAAUUCUGCUGCAUCACAAGCAGACGUGCCGAGGACAUUGAUAUGCGCAUGCGCCAUAAUUUAGAAAACAUUAACGUAGUUGGUUCAUUCAUUCAUAAGGUGUCGGAAUUCAACAAGAGCAUGACAAGGCAGAAAGCUUUGAUAAAAAAAUAUUUCGGUUAAGCUCUGGUGAAAUAGAAAUAGAUCACAAACGAUAUAGCACAUAGCGUAAAUGAGGCAUAUUAAUACCUAGUCAUACAGAAAGCGAAUUUUUCCCCUAUUAAUUAGUGUGCAUUUUUUAUUAGUUGAUUUACAGAAGGCAUUCAUUGACUGUUGCACAGAUCACAAGGCAGGGAAAUGAUGGUUCUCUGCAACAUAAACUCCAAUACACAGAAAACUAUCGACCGUUGAGAGUUGGGGGUGUAUCGAGCGAGUCAGCAGUAAAAGUUUGUGGAACAUUAAAUCCUUACAUGAUCUGGUGCUGAGUUUCAUAAAAUAGACAUUUGUGAGCAUACAGGACUUCAAUGAAAUCUUAAAAAUGCCGUCCAAAGUCUCAGUAUCUUCCGUUUCCUAUGACGAGCCAUCAACUGGAGUUAAUGACGUUUCCAACUCUUCGUCAUGUCCGAGCUGCCAAGUUCAAGUACCACCGGAAGUAGAUCGACAGAACAUGCAAAUUUCGGAUGGAAGCACUAGAGACGAAUCAAAAUGCUCCCAAUGUGGAAUUCUGAUACUAAAAAUAGCCACUGGCCUGUUAAGUGGUGUCCUAUUAGGAAUUGCCCUGGAGAAAUCUCGAGUAUUUGAUCCUAAGAGUGUUCGGAACCAGAUGGUAUUUGAGAGUUUCGCCAUGCUUAAGAUGUUUCUGUCUGCUGUGGCAGCAGGUCAGAUAGUUAUGUCCAUCAUAUCAGUGAUCCCAAGGACGAAGCAGUUCUUUGAGCGAGCGGCUGAACAAUUUGUCGCCUGUUUUGUCCAGAAGGGGAUUCUCUCUACUGUACUGGGCUCCUUUAUAUUUGGAGUGGGGAUGUCCCUUUGUGGGGCUUGCCCUGCCAUGGUUUUUGCGCAGAUAGGCAGUGUUGUACCAAAUGCAGUGUUCUCUCUGAUUGGUGGAUUAUUCGGCGCUCUGACGUACGGAUUAGUUGCUCCAUACAUAGAAAAAACAACCAAGCCAAAGAAACCCCUUGCAGUACACCAAGUUUAUAAAAAGUUCAACCUCCCGUACAUAGCGCUUGCUCUUCCGAUGGCAGUUUUUCUGGUCGGAGGAGUUGCCGUUCUUGAAUGGCUGUGGCCAAUGAGUAAAGACUUAGUUAAUUUGAAUAUUGAAAUUAGUUCAGACAAGAAUUUUAUGCAGCAGAUUGCUUGGCCGCCAUAUGCUGCAGGUGUGUUGGUGGGACUGUGUCAGAUCCCGGUGGUUCUAGUUCUGUGUGACACGCUGGGUGGAUCCUCCUGUUACGCCACCAUAGUGUCCCAGUGGGUGGUCACAGAGAGGCUACAGAAACUGUUCCCGUACCUGGCCAGGUGUAGGGGCGGGAUGGGCAAUUGGUGGCAGGUGUUCCUAGUAAUUGGGGUAACAGGUGGCGCUGUUUUGUCUGCGGGACUGUCAUCAUCAAUCGGAAGCAUAGAGGGCGUAAGCGUUCCUGACGCUGUGAUUGGCGGGGUCCUCAUGCUUUGGGGAUCACGGUUUGCUUCAGGGUGUACAAGUGGACAUGGCAUAUCCGGUAUGGGUCUGUUCGCCUGGCUGUCACUUCUAGCUGUGCCUUCCAUAUUCGCCGGGGGAAUAUCAACGGCUUUUCUGAUGAAGUUGACAGGCGUCAAAGACAACUUUGUCACCUACACCGGUGCAGUGUGAUUUUUAAAAA